AUGGUAGACAGGUCGGCGCUUCUACACGAGGUAAGAGUGAGAUGUCCAUCUAUUUCUUUGUGGGUUGAAUUUCUUUAUGGUCAGGAAGCAAGGUUAUACAUUGGGGAUGGACAUAUUAUGUCAGCUACUGGGGUACAACAAGGUGACCCGUUGGGACCGCUCCUUUUCGCUCUUGUGUUGCAUCCUCUUAUUCAUAUGAUUAGAGACAAUUGCAAGCUUCUUCUUCAUGCUUGGUAUCUUGAUGAUGGGACUGUUGUAGGUGAUUCAAGGGAAGUGGCUAAAGCACUUGAUAUCAUCCGGGAGAGAGGCCCAGGCUUGGGUCUUGAUUUAAAUAUUCGUAAGACUGAGAUCUUUUGGCCUUCAUGUGAUGGAAAUAAACUUCGUGAGGGGUUGUUCCCUUCAGACAUUGGGAGGCCGACGUUAGGGGUGAAAUUGCUCGGAGGGGCUGUUAGUCGAGAUAAAUGUUUUAUCGAGGGUGUGGCCAUGAAGAGAGCUGUCAGGGCUGUUGAGUUGAUGCAUCUUCUUCCUCGGUUAAGGGACCCACAAAGUGAGCUUCUUCUACUUCGAUCAUGCAUGGGUAUUGCCAAACUUUUUUUUGGACUAAGGACGUGUCAACCAGUUUACAUGGAAGAUGCAGCUUUUUUGUUUGAUAAAGAGUUGCGUGGGGCGGUUGAAGACAUUGUGGUUGGCGGAGGUCCUUUCUUUGGGGAUCUUCAAUGGAGAAUAGCUUCCUUACCUAUUAAGGUCGGGGGGUUAGGGUUAUACUCAGCAGUAGAGGCAGCCUCAUAUGCUUUUGUUGCUUCCAGAGCUCAGUCUUGGGUGUUGCAAGAUCAUAUAUUGAGGGAUAGUGGAGUGUGUGGUAUGGACGCUGAUUUUGACAAUGCUUUGGAUGGUCUCCGUGAUAUGGUUCCAACUUUAGACUUUAGCAGUUUCACUAGCAAGGACACCGUCCCCCCUAAAGCCCAACAUGUUUUGGCGAGUGCCCUGUUUAGUAAAAUUGUUAAGGACAUGGAAGUUAACUUUCAAUUGACGACCAGACAGAAAGCAGUUUUUGGAUGUUUGCAGGCGUCCCAUGCUCAGGAUUUUCUUCUAGCUAUCCCAAUCGAGGGAUUAGGUCAACAUAUGUCCCCGGUAGAAUAUCGCACAAUCCUCAAAUAUCGCUUGAUGAUUCCUCUAUUUCCUGUUGAUGAGGUAUGUCCUGUUUGUCGUAAGGCAUGUCUGGAUAGAUUUGGGGAGCAUGCAGUUCAUUGUCGAGAGCUUCCAGGCUUCAAAUACAGACAUGACUUUGUUCGGGAUGUCCUUUUUGAUGUUUUUAAGCGUGCAGGCGUAUCUGUGAAGAAAGAGGCACCUGUGAACUUCUUGACUGGCCCACUGGAAGGGAGAUCUACAUUGAGGCCAGCCGAUAUUUUGGUGUACGGAUGGGAAGGAGGAAAACAUGCAUGUGUGGACUUGACUGGAGUAUCCCCACUUGUGGGAUUGACGACUGAGGAUUUUACUGUAGGACAGGCAGCCCUCAAAGCUGCUUCAAGCAAAGUGGCCAAACAUGAGAGAGCGUGUUCUAACAAUCAACAUGCGUUUAUACCAUUUGCGUUUGACACGUUUGGCUUUCUAGCUCCAGAUGCUGUGAAUAUUUUGAAAAGAGUUCAAAGAGUCAUGCAUAGCAAUGUGGUGUCUCCGAGGUCUCUAGAUGUAGUAUUUAAAAGGAUUGGUUUUGCCAUUCAAAAAGGAUUAGCGGCGCAGCUUGUUGCUCGUUUGCCUUCCAUUCAAGUGUAA